AUGUCUAGUGAAGUAUCACCUUUGAGCAGAAGGCCAUCUCAAGCUAUAAUUGAAGAAAGGCUGGAAGAGUCAUUGGACAAGAGGGAGUCCACACUCUCAGAAAAGAGAUCACUGCUAGAUGAAAGAGGGAAAAAUGUGUCAGAGGAACAUGAGAAUGCAAUCAAGGAGGUUGAAGAUAGGAUAAGAGGAUUUGAUACUGAAGACAGAGAGGAAGCCAUAGCAGAGGCUAAGGCUAAAGCAAAAGAAGAAGCAGAUGCACACGCCAAGGCAUUGGCUGAUGCCAAGACUCAAGCUGAAGCCAUGGCAAAGGAGAAACCAGAAGUUGAAGCGCUCUCAGAGAGGAAGACCAUCGUACAGUCACAACAAGAUGCAACUACUGCUGUUUUACGUGUGAUCGAGCAAGAGAAAUAA